GUCUCUCGUCUGCUUCGCACGAUGUCCACGGAAGCAAGCGGCAAGGGCAUCCUGCUCAAGGCCGACCCCAUCGCAAAUGUCUUUCUCGACGAGAUCAAGGCCGCACUCGCGACGCGCCCCCGCCCGCCUAAGCUGGUCGGCAUCCUCUCCACGUCCGCUACUCCGAGCAAAUUCUAUGCCGAGUUCACGCAGAAGCAGUGCAAUGCGCUCGGCGUUGAGUUUGUGCUCAAGCGGACGGGAGCCGCGGCGGACCCGGAGGCGGGCGAAGGCGAGGGUGUGGAGGAGGCGAUCAUCGAGGCGAAUGAGGACGAGAGCGUGGACGGUAUCAUGGUGUAUUAUCCCAUCUUUGGCGGGCGACAGGAUCACUAUCUCCAACAGAUAGUGUCUCCUUUCAAGGACGUCGAAGGACUACACUUUAAGUUCCACUACAAUCUUUACCACAAUAUCCGCUUCUUGAACCCGAAGUCCCUUCUCUCCAUCCCUCCCACCACCGUCCCCGAGCCUGCAGUCGAGGACCAGCCCCCGCUGGGCACAGUAAAGUCAAUCCUCCCCUGCACGCCCCUCGCCGUCGUCAAAUGCCUCGAACAGAUCGGCGUGUACAAUAAGAUCCUGCCGUACGGCGACCGCGCAUACGGCAAGACCGUGACCGUGAUCAACCGGUCGGAGGUCGUCGGCCGGCCGCUCGCUGCGCUCAUUGCUAAUGACGGCGCGCGCGUCUUUUCCGUCGACAUUGACUCCAUUCAGGAGUAUACCAAACGUCCACGGCAAAGCGCUCAAGAGCGCCGCUACUAUCCGCGACAUGUCGUGCAUCCCUGCACAUUGACUCUGCAGGAGUGCCUGGCACAGUCAGACGUAGUUGUGUCAGCAGUGCCGAGUGCAGACUAUAAGGUCAAGACUGCAUGGCUUAAGGACGGCUGCGUUUGCCUCAACGUCGCUGCGGACAAGAACUUCGAGGUAGAUGUAAGGGAGAAGGCAUCCGUAUACAUGCCUACCAUCGGCAAGGUCACAAUCAUGAUGCUUUUGCGCAACCUACCUGGCAGCCUUCGAUUACAGCAAUAUGGUGUGAUAUCCAAGCAGGAGUCACGGCCGACCCUCCAUGCAUAA